AUGAUUCGUAGGUCUUCAAAUUUUACAAAGCAAAUAUGGGUUUUCAACAACAGUGAUGCAGAGCGGAUUUAUCUCUAUGCCAACCUUCUGCAAAAGCUUCAUUGGAAGGCCAAUCCACAACACCUUGAUAAUUUUAGACGAGAGCUGAAUGCAGAGACCAAUGUCAGUACAGAUCGUGAUCUCAUCUUGACACAAACCAAUGUCAAGCUCGACCAACAAAUGCCAUGUUACUUCGACACUAAAAAAUCAAUGCUGAAGUAUCCACACUUCGUGGCUACCAAGGAUUUCAUGUCUACAUUGCCGAAGGAAUCGCCAUUAAAGGGGAAACGCUACGAGAAGUGUGCUGUCAUAGGAAACAGUGGAUCAUUAAAGCUAAGUACCUGUGGUUCACAGAUAGAUGGCAUGGAUUUCGUAUUCAGAUGUAACGGAGCACCCUUGGAAGGUUUUGUAACGGAUGCUGGGAAGCGAACAGACUUCCUUACUUUCAACCCUAGUAUACUAUAUAAACGAUUUGGUGGACUCGUGAACGAGAGUAUGAUCGAGUCCUACAUCACAUUCAUGAAGCAGUAUGAUAGUAUGGUAUGGUAUCCAUGCUUCGGCUCCAGACAGUUAGUUGAACCAUGUAUCAAAGCUAUUAGUUAUCAUGAUCAGGUAGAUUCUCGACUCGUGAUUGGUCACCCUUCACAUUACGUCAGUAUAUGGGAGUUCUGGAAGAGGCGUGGUCUAAGGAAAAAACCAUCGACAGGUCUGUACCUGGUUAGCCUAGCUGCUACUCUGUGCAAUGAGAUUCAUCUCUACGGGUUCUGGCCUUUCCCUAUCCAGCUACAUGAAGGAAAAGUUCAAGAAACAGCUUAUCAUUACUUCAAUAGCCUUCCUUUCACAAGUCACCAUAGUUCUGAUUCAGAGUUUAGAUUACUCUUACAAAUGCAUAUGCUAGGGACUGUAAACCUUCACAUGGGAACAUGUACGCAGUGAUGAAUCACUUCAGGUUGUUUGCCUACACUCAUCGACCACUAUAGCUCCAUAAGGUGUCAUAAUGGCUUUGUAAACAUCACGUUGACAAUACAGUCAACAGGAAGCCUUUUAGACACCUAUCAACAUAUUGAUACCAUUAUUAAAGGGGAAAAUCCACCGAAUAAUAAGCUGGAAUCAUAUUUAUUUUAAAAAUACACAAGAGAAAGAAAUAAGUGAGAGUUUGAGCAAUGCCAAAAGUAGGAAAGUUAUGCAUUUUCAAAGUUGUCAUCAGUGAAACACAAGUCGGCAACGUUGUGGCGAA